CAAUACACACACUCGCACUGUAAAGGUUGUUGAUAUCCAGGCGAUAGCGAAAGAGGAAUAAUACGAAGACUGAGAUUGAGAGAGGUGUGAUUUGUGCCUCUGGGAAUCUCCAGACAUAAAGAUGGGAGAUGUGGACCAGAACGAACAGUCAGCUGGGGAUGGGGAAUCAAACACACCCCCCUCUCAGGGCUCCGGAGACCCACCCCUGAGUACCCAAAACCUGUAUGCCACUUUGGGCCUCUCUCAAGAGGACGUGGACGCGUUGGCACAGAUUCCUGAGAAGGAGAUCAGCGUAGAAACGCUGCCUUACCUCAUCAUGCAACUCAAAACCAAACGGGCGCAGCAGGCCCCUGUUCCCUCGGCAACAAAACCCUCCACGACCAAGACGGGCGAAGGCAAGGCUGAGAGAACGGGGAAGCGGAGCAACGACAAACACGGGCGGAGCAGGCGGUCCGGGAGCCGCGACCACGAGCAUCAUGGGAAGGCGGAGGGUCACAGGAGGACGGAGCCGUCCGCGGGCAGGAAAGAUUCCCGGCACAGGAAACCCUCCGUGGAAAAACCUCCAGGGGACGGCGCGCCGGAUCCGCAGGAGCUGGACGAUUUCCAUGGAAUUCUGCCCCAGGUUUUUCCACACAACUGCUCCCUGUGCAACUGCUCUCUGAACUCCAGCAAGACAUGGCAAGAGCAUGUUGGUGGAGUGCGUCACAAAGAGGGAAAACAGGAAUUCUUGCUUCUAUAUCCAGACCUGGAUCGGCACGACCCUUUGCGGAAAGCGUCUAGCUUGUACCCAGGCGGUGAUGACUCACACUCGUCUCACAGAUCAUCCUCACGCUCUUCCGUUACCCACAAACGUCCCCACAGCUCAGGCCGCAGCGCAGGAGAUCCAUCCGCACCAUUUCCCUCUUCAUUUCAAGGCCAGCUGAAGCACAAGCCCAACACCAGGGUGGUGGUGGCUAAGUUUCCCCAAGGCGCCGUGACGGUGGAGGACUUACUCGGCCUGGCCAAACCGUUUGGCACCGUCGUGAAACACCUGGUGCUCACCAGCAAGGGUUUUCUGGAGUUCAGUACGCAUAAAGAAGCCCAGAGCAUGGUCAGUCAUUAUACGGAUAAACUAGCAUACAUAAAAGACCACAGGAUAACACUCUACCUGUCUCCCAUCGUAGAGGGAAUUCAUACACGCUUCGACGAACCUCCGGAAAAACGGGCAAAACACUGGAACUCUUCAGUGGUGCUGUUCUCCAACAUCCCGCCAGGAAAGUCGACAGAGGCGGAAAUUCUGGAACUGGCCAACAUGUUCGGGGAGGUUCGGCAUUCUCUGUUCUACAACAACCAGGCUCUAGUCGAGAUGGCCAACUGGAAGGACGCUGACAUCAUGGUGAAAUACUACCGUUCCAACCCCCUGAGGAUCAGCGGGCGCAGCAUCAAAGUCCACCCCUCCAAAGUCAAAACGCUGUGGGACAGCCGUUCCUCGUCCAGAGGCUCUGACUCGAGCAGGAGUCACAGCAGCAGACAGAAGAGUGAGUCAUCGACCAGGAAGUCUCGCUCCCGCAGCAAAGAGGGAGCCAACAGCAACAACAACAACAGCCUGGGAAAGGAGAAAGGAGGAGAGGAAGGAAAGGAGGAGAGAGAAGACAGAGAGAAGGAGCGGGGGGAGGAGGAGGCGGGAGAAGGGAGUUUGGAUGAGGAGGGCAUUCAGGUGGAAGAUGAGCUCGGACUCCUGGACGAGGAAUUUGGCUUUAACGAGGACGAAGCGGCCGAGACCCAUGCCCACACCCCCACGGACACGGAGAGCGGCGAGGAGAAAGAGAGAAGGAGGUCGGGAGAAAUGGAUGAGGAGGCGGCGACGAACGAACCCGAACCUCCUGAGGAGCAGGAGGCCAAAGAGGCCAAAGGCUCUGAGGAGGACAUGAUCGAACAGGACGAUAUGGACGAUAUGGACUUCCCUGAGAACCUGGAUGACUUUGUGACCUUAGAUGAACUGGACGGCACUGCCACGGAUGACACCUCAGAUUCUAAGGAGCCUCAGGAGGGUAGAGUAGUGGUGGUGAAACCCAUUCGUAAAUGUUACGGUCUGAACGAAGCCCUAAAGAAACUGGCUGAACCCUUUGGAAAGGUGGUGAAUCUGGUCAUAUCCUACUACAAAGAGGAGGCCUUGCUGGAGUUGGAGACAUCAGAGAAAGCAAGGGAGAUGAUUAGAUAUUACCGUGGAAACAAGACGGCCAAGAUCCACUGGAGACCUGUGACUGUGUCUAUGUGCCUUACCCAGCAGAGAUUAGAGAGUCCCAGUGGAAGAUCGAUCUACAUUGACAUGCUUCCACUUCAUAAGUACUCUGACACCAACGUGCUACGGCUGGCUCGACGCUUUGGCGACAUCACAGGCUACUAUUUAAACUGGGGCCUGAGAAAGUGCUAUAUCCAAAUGGAGAGUGCUGCAGCCGCCCAAAAAAUGGUACAGAACUACUCACGUUGUCCCCCCAAAUUUUACGGCUCCUGUCUAAGGAUCUGUUUGUACAAGAAGGGUGACUCCCAGAUUCCCUGGAAAACUCAUGAAAAGCUGGAACAGUGGAGAAAGAUGAGAUGGCACACAACUCGCUCAGACAGUGAGGAGACAACAGAGAACGACCAAAGCAACAAGACUAACACUACACAGGACAGACUCAGUUCUUUAUCAGACUCGGAGGGUGUGUGUGGAGAACCACUGUGUGAUGAAGCGCCUGAAACGUCCUCAGAGACGGAACAGAACCAGCGGCCAGCCGACCCUCUGGGUCCUUAUGACCCCAGCACUCCUGUGGGGUUAGACUACGUUGUACCGAGAACAGGUUUCCUCUGCAAACUGUGUAACAUGUUCUACACCAACGAAAAAACGGCCAAAUCGGAGCACUGCAGCAGUCUGGAACACUACGAGAACCUGAAGCGAAAACUCGGUGGAGGAGAGGAGGACCGUCCAGACGAAUGAGAGAGAGAGAUGGCGCUCUGUCGUUCUUUUACUCCUCCGUCAGGAGAUGAGCGAUUCAAACGUCUGUUUUGUUUGUUUGAGCCAUUCCAGCCUUUGUGUUAAUAUGGACUGCUUUAUUCUGAAAGCAGUUAUGGACAGAGAUUGAAGGAAAAAAGAAAAAGAUGAGUUGUAGCAAAAGCCACUUUUUAAAUAUGCU